GAGGAAUGCUGCCUUUGUGUAUUCCCCUAAGUCGAGGGGUAGGUUUGAGUCUGGGCUGCCUAUGUAAGUAUUUUGAUUUCUUUAUGCAGUGAGGAAAUUUGGAUGGGUGAGUUAAGACCACAUGUUUACUUUGGAAAGAUAAAGUUAGCAUUGCAGUGUGGGGUUUAUUUGAAAGUGAGGGAGCUGUACAAGAAGCAGUGAAAACUAGAAUUAGAUGCUUUUGAAGCAGAGAAGGGAAAAGGGCAUUGAUAGAGUCUAAGAAUGCAUAGAGUUGAAGAAGGAAGAGGAAAACACAAAAAUGAAAUCCUACUUUUAUGAAUCCAGGUCACUAUCACUGUCUCUGUCAUCCCGUUGUUCGUCGAUUUACUUGAGCGGGCACCAGUAUUGUCUCCAUUCCUCCCAGUCCUGAGAUUUUAGCAGCUCUCCUUACUAGUCUUUCCCAACGAUUGGAGGCUCUUUCAGGGUCAUGGGAAUGAGCCCUGUCAUUAAUGUUUUCGGCAUAUUGAAUACGCCACGGGUAGCUUGCCAGGCUUUGCUUGUGUGGGCGGGAUAAUCUCGGUAGCUUGCCGGGCUCUCCGAGAUGUAUGUGUGUGUGUGUGUGUGUGUGUGUGUGUGUAUAUAGUACUCUUUGUUGCCAAUGAAUCCAGGUGAUUAAAAGAAAUUAGUAGAUUGGAUAUUCUGUAAGGGAGGGAAAAGAGAAAACAUCACUUAUUUUGGGUCUCCCAAAUUGGAGAUUCUGAGAAUCUGUUAUUGGUCAUUGAAAUGCCUAGUUAUUAGAAAGAUUUGGACUUUCUAAAAGAUUUUUUAGAGGCUGGAGCGAUAGCACAGCGGAUAGGGCGUUUGCCUUGCACGUGGCUGACCUGGGUUGAUUCCCAGCAUCCCAUAUAGUCCCCUGAGCACCUCCAGGGGUGAUUCCUGAGUGCAGAGCCAGGAGUAACCCCCCUGUGCAUCGCCAGGUGUGACCCAAAAAGCAAAAAAAAAAAAAAAAAAUCUUUUUAAACUUUCUAAAUUUUCUCGUUUAUGAGAUCAUUUAAAAAUCUUUUUAAAGACAAGAAUUGUGUAUUUCCUUCACUUUACAAAUAGAAGUGUAUAUCAGAGGCAUUUCCCCCCUCCCCCCACUUAGUACUCACUGCCUAUGUGCAUUUAGAUUUAAAAGAACACUUUGUAAAAGCUCUAUGAUCUUGGGUGCUGGAAUCACUGGUGUACAGCUUACAGGUAGAAAUUUGGAGAUCCAUCUGUGAUAAAGGAUCAUUUUGGCCUGGGAGUUGAUGAGGGUUCAUGGAGGGAGAAUAUAUGAAGAUGAUGAUAGAAAAGAAGUCCAAUACAGAACUUUAAAAUAAAAUUGGGGGCCACAAUCAGUGGUGCUCAGAGCUUACUCCUGGCUCUGUACUCAGGGAUCUCACUUCUGGUGGGCUCGGGGGACCAUAUGUUACUCGGGAUGAACCCAGAUUGGCUUUGUGCAAGGCAAAUGUCCUACCCCCUGUACUAUCGCUUCAGGCUCCUCCAGUAGAAAACUUGGAGAACAUAGAGCCAGUGAGAAUAGGUUAGACAACAUCCUAAGGCAUUCCAGAGUCAGUGAAGAGCAUUUCAAGGAGUGACGCAAGCAGGAGAGAGGUUAGAAGCUGCUGAUAAAUCAGUAGUUACUAGACAGUUUGGAGAGCGUCCCAGGCCAGCAGGCAGGCGAAUGUAUCUUGGACUAGUCUGAGGCAGAUUUCAAGGAUUGGUUCUAUUUUUCCUUGAUGGCCAUGACAGGCUGUCUUACCCUGAACCCCCGUAUCCCGGCUUGGCAGAGGUCAAGAAAGUAACAUUUGUCCUGAUUGUUUGGGUGCUUUGGGUGGUACAAGGUCAAGUUUUCCAGACCAACUACGUUCACAGCUGUGAAUCUAGCAAAAGACUGAUAACUCCCUCAAGUGGAGCCAGUCGCCAGUCAGGCUGGGGAACAAAUAAUAUCCACUUAAAAUAAUUCAGUGACUAAUAACAAUAACUGGUCUUGAGCUAGUCCAUUGUUGAUCCCCUGUAUCCUCGUGAACCGGAUCAGAUUGAGGAGCUUUUAAGCUGGGACAAGGGAAGGUUUGCUGUCCAUCGGCAGCAGUUCUUUGAACUUUUGAGUGCACUAAAAAGAACUGGUUUCUCUUUGUAAUUCAUGAAAAGGUCAGACUCAGCAUGAUGGUUCCAACAUAUCUUGAAAAGGCUACAUCACGAGUUGCAAAGCUACAUAGCGGGUUUUCAACUUACUUUUAUGUGCAGUGUUGUAUUAGUAUCUUUUUACUAUGAACUUCAGAUCUAGAGAUGUAGAUAAGGUUAUGGAGGUUUCCAUCUGAUAAGGAUUUUCCUUUAAAACAAAUCCAAUUAAUAUAUAAAGCGGUGAAUAUUUAAGUGAUCUCAGGCUUUUGUAGGAUAUGAAAACAUUUUCUUAAAUCUAGGUGCUCAAGGAGAAAAUUUCUUUCCUAGCAGUAAGCACAGACUGAAUAGUAUCCCAAGACACUAAAUAGUUUACUUAUCUUUUAUCUGUUAUCUUGACUUUGGGAAUGUAUGUUUAUUUUGUCAUAAACAUACAAACAUAGAAACAUACUAUCAAUUCUUACCAAUAGAGAACCAAGUCUUACCCAUUGUUUAAGGUAUUUUUUUUCCCUAGCAGUGAAGAAAUUUUUCUUCCUUUAUGGGUUAAGAUAAAAGGAUGAAAGUUGGAAAUUAAUACUUCUAAAAUCAUUGCCAUACCUUAGAAGAAUAAACCCAGAUUUUGUGUUGCCAGCUAUUUUCAUUAGUUUCUCUUCUAUAUUUUUCUAACUUCUUUUUUUAAAUUCAUACAAGUUUCAGAAAAACUGUUCCUGGUGCGUGGCCGCACAGUCUCUCAUGGUAUUCAUAAUAAGCAAUAGAAAAUAAAUUAUCUAACAUCUGUCUGUCACAGGCAGACUAGAAUGGUGGUGGGAAAUCCAAAUAAUGGUGAUAGGAAGGUAUAAUGGUGGUGGGAUUAGUGUUGAAAUAUUGAAUGUAAUCAAUGUGAACAACCUUAUGAAAGUUAAAUUUUAAAAUUUAAAAAAUAAAGAAAACACUGUUCCUGAUUUUUUGUUUGUUUUGUUUUGCUUUUUGGGUCACACCCAGUGAUGCACAGGGGUUACUUCUGCCUCUGCACUCAGGAAUCAUUCCUGGUGGUGCUCAGGGGACCAUAUGGGAUGCUGGGAGUUGAACCUGGGUUGGCUGCGUGCAAGGCAAACACCCUACCCGCUGUCCUAUUGCUCCAGCACCCCUGAUUUUUUCUUAAAUCUUUUCUCUUUCCGUAAACCAAACGUCAAUUAUAAUGAAAUAGCAACUCUACCCUGGACCUUGUAAAGUUACAGUUCUCAUAUAAAAACGGUGGUGUGUGUGUUCAUAUAUUUGUGUGUACUCGGUAUGCUCUUGAGUUGAAAGCUUAUGCUACUGUUGGCAUUGGGAAUAGAAUGGGAAAAUACAUUGCUUUUUUUUUCCUUUCAGGAACGUUAGCUGAUCUUCUCCCUGUUACUCUGUGUAGACUUGAACUUGAGUCUGUAUUGAGCUCUGUUUUUAUGGGCUCUUGUGGGCCCAGAUGAGGUUCUCCCUGGAGACUCCUGGCGUGGAAGGACAGGCCACUCUCCUGCGGGGGGAUGAAGAAGAUGCAAGCAUGCCUUUGAUCUGGGCAGCUGAGGAGCAGGAACAUUAAGGUUAAGCCCAUCACAGUAAUGGCUGCAGCCUUACCCAGGACCCUGGGGGAGUUGCAGCUGUAUAGAAUAUUACAAAAAGCCAAUUUGCUGUCCUAUUUUGAUGCCUUCAUCCAACAAGGCGGUGAUGAUGUCCAGCAACUCUGUGAAGCUGGUGAAGAGGAAUUCUUGGAGAUCAUGGCCCUCGUGGGCAUGGCCAGCAAGCCCCUGCAUGUGCGAAGGCUUCAGAAGGCGCUUCGAGACUGGGUGACCAACCCCGGCCUCUUCAAUCAGCCGCUGACGUCCCUGCCGGUCAGCAGCAUCCCCAUCUACAAAUUGCCAGAGGGCUCGCCAACCUGGCUGGGACUGUCCUGCAGCAGUUACGAGAGGAAUAGCAGCAGCGCCCGGGAGCCUCACUUGAAAAUCCCCAAGUGUGCCGCCACCACGUGUGUGCAGAGCUUGGGGCAAGGGAAGUCAGAUGUGGUGGGGAGCCUGGUGCUGCAGGGCAUCGGGGAGUCCAGACUCUGGCAGGGCCCCCAUGCCACAGAGAGCGAGCACAGCCUCUCCCCGGCUGAACUGGGCUCCCCAGCGUCCCCAAAGGAGAGCAGCGAGGCCCUGGACGCGGCUGCCGCGCUCUCCGUCGCCGAGUGUGUGGAGCGAAUGGCCCCCACGCUGCCCAAAAGUGACUUGAAUGAAGUGAAAGAGCUGCUCAAAACCAACAAGAAGCUGGCCAAAAUGAUCGGCCACAUCUUUGAGAUGAGCGAUGACGAUCCCCACAAAGAGGAAGAAAUUCGCAAGUACAGCGCCAUCUACGGGAGGUUCGACUCCAAGAGGAAGGACGGGAAACAUCUCACACUGCACGAGCUCACGGUUAAUGAAGCUGCUGCCCAACUCUGUGUGAAGGAUAAUGCCUUGCUGACAAGAAGAGAUGAACUUUUUGCCUUAGCUAGGCAGAUUUCACGAGAAGUCACCUACAAGUAUACUUACAGAACUACCAAGUCAAAAUGUGGAGAAAGAGAUGAAUUAUCCCCAAAGAGAAUUAAGGUGGAGGAUGGGUUUCCAGAUUUCCAGGACUCCGUGCAAACACUUUUCCAGCAGGCUAAAACUAAAAAUGAAGAGCUUGCCACUCUUAGUUCACAGCAGCCUGAGAAGGUGAUGGCAAAGCAGAUGGAGUUCCUUUGCACCCAAGCUGGCUAUGAGAGACUGCAGCAAGCAGAGAGGAGACUGUCUGCAGGGCUGUAUAGGCAGAGCUCGGAAGAGCACAGCCCGAAUGGCUUGGCGUGUGAUAACGCGGAUGGUCAAGCAGAAAGACCUUUGAAUCUCCGAAUGCCUAACUUGCAGAACCGACAGCCUCACCAUUUUGUGGUGGAUGGGGAGUUGAGUAGACUUUACUCUGCCGAGGCUAAGUCCCACUCAUCAGAGAGCCUUGGAAUUUUAAAAGACUACCCUCACUCAGCUUUUGCUUUAGAAAAGAAAGUCAUCAAAACAGAACCUGAAGAUUCAAGAUAGCUGUGAUUCUCCCACUGUUCUUUGGAAAUGGCUUCAGAUUUAAGGAUAAUGCUCCAUCAUAGAAAUAAGCCUUAAUAACCAAUGUUGCCUCAUUCAGCUCAAACAGAUCUCAUAGCCAAAGCAUGACUGAUUUAAUAGUCUGUGGAGACCAGGAAUAUAAAACAGGAGCCACAAAAGAGAAAAGUGAGAGUGUUGCAACCUAAAACAGAAAUAUUCAUCUAUUCACAUUCCUGUGUUAAAUCGUUUAAUGUAGAAAGGCUUACAAGUUAAUAUUGUAAGCAUUCAUUAUUUAAGAAUGUACAAUGUAUUUGUGUAAUUUAUAGAAGUUAAAAAUUUAGAUUUUUGAGACCUGUUUGAUCCAACAGAUGUGGAUACAGUUUAUUUACUUGAAAUUUUGUUGUCUCCUUUAAAUGUAUCUAGCGUAAAUAUGUAGUUAGAAUCUUUUCAGUUACAAAACAAAAAGUUUGUGGUGUAAUUUUGGCAAGUUGCAAUGACUUUGGAAAAAUGGAAAGCAAAUACUUGAUUUGAACCAAGGAAAAUAUUAUGAAUUUAAUAUUCGAUAAAAUUGAUUUUGUUUAAUAGGAGAAGUCCUUUUUAAUAGAAAAACAUAACUUUUACUGACUUAAUCGGUGGACAUUUAUACUGUUAGUAAAUACUGGAAUUAAGUUAAAAAGAUAAACAUUAGAGUUAAAAGUCUAUCUUACCCUCUUAACUCAGAUUGUGUUCUAUGAUAGCUAUUUAAGACGCAGCAAAGCUAGGAAGUUCCUGCUUCAAAGAGAACUUCCAGCAAGUGGAUUGAGGCAAAGAGCCCUGAUGGAAACCUUUACUAUUUCAGAAUGUGUUAAAUAGAUUAAGACAUAGUAAGUUAACCCUAAAUGUGAUAAGAAUGGUGACUGUUGACAAAGGCUAUAAUAUAUAAUAGAGUAAGUACUGUUUCGUAUCCAGAAAUUCCUCUCCAUGUGAAAAAGGAAACUAGAGAGCUCUCCCUGGAGUGUCUUCCACCCGAACCAGCCCAGUGUGUACAAUCACCAUGACACAUUUGCAGCCAUAUUUCCGUGGAGAUUUAGUUGACAGCUAUAGUCCUUAUUUAUUUUGCAAUUUAAAUUUUGUAUAUCUUUAUAGAUUUGUGAAUGCAGUUUUUUUCUUACAAUUCAUUUUAACUUGAAAGUAUGUUUUUAAUGGCCCCUAUUAGUAGACUGUGUGCAUAUAUGUGGGGAUAUGCCUAAAUGUUAGUAAAUAUACUAGUGAAAUGAGAAUUUCCCAUUGGAAUUCAUAGGUUAGAGAGAAAAGAAUAUACUGCUUUUCCCAAUAUUAUUUUUUUCUGUUGAUUUAAGAGAAGAUAAUUUGACAACUUGACCUACUUUCUCCAGAUUCAUCUAAAUCCAGAUACUGCCGAGAACAGCAUAUUGACUUGAAGAAAUGUGUGGUUUUCAAUGUUGUUGUCGUUUUCAAUUCUGUUCUAGGUCAUAACUGUGUAAAAAAAAAUACUAAGUUAAAUCUGUUACACUAAAAUUCAUCAGCCAAAUAUUAGAUGAAAUGUCUACACUGUAGUCUCUGAUCACUGUCACAUAUGUAAUCGCUUUGUCAUUUUGAUUUAUAGAAUAGCUUUACAGUAGAAACACCAGUAAACAAAUUUUAUACUAUUAAAAGGCUUUUAUCCCUUCCUAAAUGUAUUAAUUAUCCCAUAGUGUUUUGCCUACUGAAGAAGCUUUCAUGGACCUUGCAAUAUGUUGCUUGUUUGAGGUUGUUGUGGUUGUAUUGUUCACUGUGGGUAGAAGUAGUAUGAGUUUGAUUUAAAUAGAUUGUUCAGUUUUUAAUAUUAGCCAUAGAACUGGUUAGUAUAUCAGUAGUUUCAUGAAACGUUUCUUGUAUUCUAAUCUAUUUUGAGAAAUUUUGUGUGUUUUUUUUUAAUUAUGUCUUACAAAUUCAAGUUUGUAGGUUUUAAAUAAGCGACAAUUUUAAAGAUGCAAUCAACUUCCACAGUAUUGAUCCAUCUUCCAUGGCCCCAUAAACUGCAUCUUAAAAAUCUAUAAAUAAGUUUCCUGGAGUAUCGUACUUUUCUGUUCUUUUCGAGCUUAGUGAUAAGGGGGAAACACAACAAAAAUUUCAGUAGAAAACAGUUUUUAUUUUGUAAACACUAAUGUAUAAAACUUGCUAUACAUUGAAGCAAAUAAUAUAUAUUUUUAUUUGAAUUGUAAAUAUGAAUUGGAUGUUAUAACUAGUUGAUUUUUUUUUCCAUUGUGUUUGAGGUAUUUUCACUGAACAAGGUCAAUUGGUUACCUCAGUAUUACAGCCAAUAUAGUCCCAGGGACCAUUUCUGCCCAAGUCUGUGUUGUACUUUAUUAUGUGAAGUCUGCGUUCUGUGACUCUUACUUAAAGCUGUUGGUAAGCUGGGACCAGUGCACUUGCUUCCUGUGGCAAUAAAGAUUUUCUGUGCCUCACA